GGAGCAGGGAAACUCACAAGAUUUGUCCUGCCUUGCUCGACGCUGUUGCCCUCUUUCUUCCUAUCCUUCGAUUUCCUUGAGGCGGCGCCGUCACUCUUCAACGGUGAACGACACGAUAUGAGAUUUAAGCGAGGAGGUUGCCCUCUGUCAAAUGCGCUUACUCCCUGCACCUGGCCCCAGAACCUGACCAAGUCCACGACAGCGCCAGAAUACGUGAUGGUUGGUUAUGGCACCCAAAACUACACCUGCUCAUCUUCCGGAGCGUACUCUCCCGCGGGCGCUGUGGCCAAACUUUAUGACGUCUCGUGCAUGGCAAGCACACCAAAGCUUGAGACUGUACCCCAACUCGUUUACGACUUUAUCGAGACCAAUCCUACUGGUCGAACCCCAUUAGCUGGACUAGAUCUUUCCCGGCCUUCCAUACACCACUAUUUCGUGAAUAAUGGUGCUGGAGGCAUCAAUCCCAGGUUCGACCUAGAACCUAAUGGCGCGCUGGUCGCGUUCAGUGUCAUGAAGAAAGUCCAGGAUGUUCCUGAUCCAGAAAAUAGCAAGGGCAACGUUGACUGGCUGUUACUCCAGAAUGUCAACGGUACCCUUGCGAAGUCUAUCUACCGCGUCAGUACAUACUUUGGUCAGCCACCUAAAUCUACAUGCACAUCCGGACCGGCAGAUGUUACCAUUCCGUAUGCUGCAUUAUAUUAUUUCUACACAACCUGAUCAACUUUUAUCCUCAUACACACUUCGAUGAAUUAUGUUUUUCCCAUCCCUACUUUCCUGUGCAAAAUCUCAUGCAGAAGCAUCAUGGUGAUGCUUUUAU